AUGAUUCCCCCUCCAUCUUAUCCUUAUGGCAUGCCGGCUGGGUACAAUCCACAUGCUAUUUGUGCUUAUCAUUCAGGAGCACCUGGUCACUCCACUGCCAAUUGCCGACUCCUCAAGCAUAAAAUUCAAGACAUGUUAGAAGCAGGGGAAAUCGUGAUCAAGAAAAGAGAAGAGCGAGGACCGAAUGUGAGCAAGAAUCCCUUGCCGGAGCAUGCCGAUACUGUUGGAGUUAUCAUGGAUAAUGAGGAAUUCGAAGAGCUUGUCCGAAACAUGUCAAAUGAGACAGAAGUGUUUGGGAUAAUGGAUCAACCUUUUGUGACAGAGGAAGCAUCGUAUGAGGAAGACAAAAGGCCCUUCAUUUUAGACCUAACCCCAUCCGAAAGUGCGGCUUUAGAACCCGUGGUAAUUGAAUUCCCAGAACAAGUGCCAGUUUUAAGUUUACGACAAGUGCCGUGGAAUUAUAGUGAGCCCGUUUUGCAAAUCGGGGGUAAACAAAUUUUGAAGGAAGAAGUGUCUGCUGUUACGAGGUCAGGAAAGAUUGCAAGUUCAUCCACUGCCAGCACCCCAAUCAAACUAAGCAACCAUGAGCCAACUCCGAAACCCACAGUGACCGAAAGAGAAGCAUGGGAUUUUCUCAAGAGGCUUAAGAGAAGCGAAUACAAUGUGGCUGAACAGCUGAACAAAAUGCCUGCCCAAAUUUCCAUCUUAGACUUGCUUUUCUCCUCCGACUUGCACAGGGAUGCGUUACUUGAAGUUUUGACUCAGGCUCGGAUUCCCAAGGAUAUUUCGAUUGACAAUUUCUCGCACAUAGUCGGAAAUGUAUUGACUGCUAAGCAAAUCACUUUUUCUGAUGAAGAGCUGCCUGCGGAAGGAACUGGUCAUAACAAAGCCUUAUAUGUAGCUGUGAGGUGCAAUGGAAAAAUGUUGCCUAAAGUACUGAUCGAUAAUGGGUCUGCCCUUAAUAUUUGUCCUUGGAGCACGUUGGUGAAGUUAGGGUUGCAAGAUGUCAAAUUAAAAUCCUCAGAGACCGUAGUUCGAGGAUUCGAUGGAGCCCAAAGGGAGUCCAUAGGAGAAGUAAAUUUGGUGGUCGAAAUGGGGCCCGCUCAAUUUCAGAUAGCUUGCCAAGUUAUGCACUUUCCCAGUGUCUAUAAUGUUUUACUCGGGCGGCCGUGGCUUCAUAGCUCUGGUGCUGUGCCCUCUUCCUUGCAUCAAGUAUUGAAAUUUGUGGUGAAUGACCAGCUGAUAACCAUUUUUACUGAAGAAGAUUGCUUUGUAAUUGCCGAUUCCGAGCCUGAGGAGGAUGGUAACCGAAAUGCUUCAGUGUCUUCUUACCGUACAGCUGAUAUUGUCUCCGUGAGUUGGAUAACAAGUGAGGAUUCAAAAGACGAAAUGGUUUUGCCAGCAGCCAAUGUUAUGAUGGCCAAGGAGAUGAUUCGUGGAGGAUAUGAAUUUGAUAAGGGAUUGGGACGCAAUCUACAAGGCAUUCUGAAGCCCGUGGAACUCAUCGAAAAGAAGGACCUAUUUGGUUUGGGAUUCCGUCCGACUGCCAGAGAUAUACAAGAGAUGAAAGCACGCAAAAGGACAGGAAAAGAAGGCAAGCAAGGUGCUUUGGACAUUCUGCCACUACGUUAUACCUUUUCAAGGCCAGCUGGCAUGAUUACAUCUGAGUUUAAUCCAAUUGACGAAGUGGAGACAAGCCUGAUUCAGUUGUUUGUGGGAGCAAUAUCCGAAGAUGGUCCAUCAGAGGAUGCAGAAUUUCCAAACAUCCCAGAAGGAGCUAUACACAAUUGGACUACCAAGUACCUCCCCGUACAAAAGGAGUUUCGGUAA